GGGACCCGCCAAAGCCCACAUUGAAUUUUCCAAAACAUUGGGAGGUUCUAUCGGAGAGAACUAUCGUUUGUUUGUGGAUGACGUGGUGGUUUACAUGAAAAGGAAGGCACCACUCAUUGGUGUGAACAAGUGGUCUGCCAUUGAUUCUUCUGUGAAGGAUUCAAUCGUUGCUGAUGUCAUUGCUAAGUGGGAUUUGGAGGACACAUAUUCUACGAAGGGAAAAAUACUAACAAUUUCUAGAGAGCGCUAUAGAGGAUGGCGGUCAACUUUGCAUUCAACAUACAAAGCAUACAGUACUGAUGCUCAAAGAAGGGCCAAUAAACCCGAGGAUGUAACUCCAGAGGAGUGGGAUUAUAUGAUCAAUUAUUUUGGCACUGAUUUAAAAUUCCAGGAGCUUAGCCGAAAAAAUACGGAAAAUCGCCAGAAGCAAAAGGCGAGGCAUAUAGCUGGUUCAAAAUCGUACUCGCAGAUUAGCUAUGAGAAGAGGGACGAGGAGACUGGGAAGGAACCAACUAUUCUAGAACUUUGGCAGAUCACUCAUACACGAAAUGGAUCGUGGUCUAAUGAAGAAUCACAGACUGUUUAUGACAAUGCACGCAUCCAGAUUAGGGAGAAAGAAGGAGAGAUUGGUGGUCCAAUUUCAAGUGAAGAGCAAAACAAUAUUUUCCAGAAUAGCUACAGAUCUACUAUGGAAAGUACAUCAUUGAAGCCUCGUGGCCGAGGAUACAUGGCUAAGCCGCCUAGCGGUUCUGAAAGACUACAUUCUGAAAUCCAGAGGCAAAAUGCUGAGCUAACCCUCGAAGUUCAUGACUUAAGGAGGCAAAUUGUUGAACAACAGGUAGAGAGGCAAAGAGAACGAGAAGAAGAGCGAGUUGCCAGGGAAAAACAGCUUGAGGAGGAACGUGUAGCAAGGCAGAGAGAACUUGAGGAGGCUAAGCAAGCAAUGAUGCAUGAUAUUAUGAAUGAGGUUAGGCAAUCAAUGAGGUCGGAUGUUGAGCAGAUAUUGGGAACUCGACAGGAAGACGCACAUCAGUUUUCCCAAGCAAGGGACGCUCCAAGAAACGGAACUGGAAAUCGGUCAAGUUCUCUGUUUAAAAAUUCGACCAUGAUUACUCAACACCAGCUUAUGCAAGCAGCUAAACACCAUCGUCGUCCUCCAAGUGAAAAGGAUGGUUUUCUCUAAAUGAAGAAGAAAGAUCCCAACAAGAUUUAUUACCAGUUUAGGAGGCACCUUGUAGGAUGAUUUUUCUACAUGAAGUGAAGAAAAGUGAUUUCUUGAAGAAUGCUUGUUGACUAGAUGAAGUC